AUGCAACCUGUUGAAAAGCGCUGCUUUCCUGGCGACAGCGGUGGCAUUGCCAAAAGAGCGAAGGUUUCCGAACAGCGCCUGGCCUGCGCGUGCAGCGUGCACGGCGCCCCCACCCGGGCACGGGGGCACCCCAGCCCACCGGGCACGGCGCCCCCAGCCCACCCGGGCACGGCCCCCAGCCCACCCCGGCGGGCACCCGGCGCGGCGCCCCAGCCCACCCCGGGGCGGGGCGCCCCCAGCCGGGCACCCCAGCCCACCCGGCACGCCCCGCCCACGGCCCCCAGCCCACCCGGGCGCGGCGCCCCAGCCACCCGGCGCGGCGCCCCCCACCCGGCGCGGCGCCCCCCAGCGCGGCGCCCAGCCCACCCCGGCGCGGCGCCCCCAGCCCACCCGGCGCGGCGCCCACCCACCCCGCGGCGCCCCCAGCACCCGGCGCGGCCCCAGCCCAGCCCAGCCCACCCGGCGCGGCGCCCCAGCCACCCCGCGGCGCCCACCAGCCCACCGCCGGGGGGCGCCCCCAGCCCACCCGGGCGAGUCCACGAGGGGACUCGUGCUGUAAUUCUGUUCCCAAAUGCGCAAGCUCUCGUCCGAGGCCCUUGUAUCCUCUGCGGCCGCCAGGUGGCGCGCGCUCGCCUGGAGAGGGAGCGAGGGCUGCUGACGGAGCGCCCCCCCCUGCGCCCCUCCGCCCCGCCCCACCUCGCCGCCACGCCCCCCCCCGGAAGCUCGCCCCGGGACCAGCGUGAAGGUCGAGAUCCGUCUGCGACAGAAACGGCGCUUGACCGAACGCGCAAGGAAGAGGCUCGGUCGCCGGAAUCGACCCAAAUGGAGAAGGACUUUUCCAAACCUGCGCUGGCGGCCUCCGAGCGCACUGGCGGGCCCGGGCGGAAGGCCGCAGCACCAGCGGGCGCGCGUCCCAGCCGCGUCGGCCUCCGUGGGUCCGAAGGCCUCGCGGCAGCCAAGCAGAGGCGCUGA